AUGGAUAGACACGAGCAACAAAAGAUUUUAUUUGGAAUGUGUUUAAGAGUAACGCUUGAAGAAUCUGAUGAGGAAUCUAGCGAUGAAUCAGAUUCGGCAGAAAUAGUAAAUAUAAUAAAUGAUUAUUAUGAACGAAUACCCAAAGUACAUUGCCAGAAUUACAUUGAAAAUGUAGUUUGGCAGUAUACUGACAAUGAUUUUAAAAGUCAUUUUCGCCUCAGUAGACAAACAUUUAUAUUUUUAUUAGAACUAUUAAGUCCACAAUUAUCAAAACAGUCUGAGGGAUGUGGUAGAUAUACUAUAUCAUCCGAGAAAACCUUAUUGUUGGCAAUAUGGAUGAUGGCAACUCCUAAUUCAUACAGGUGUGUUGCUGACCGAUUUGGGGUGGGUAAAGGAACAGCUUGGAGAAGUGUUCAGAAAGUUGUUCAUGCACUCUAUUCACAUCUUAACGCUUUUAUCAAAUGGCCAGAUGCAGAAAGAGCUGACGAAAUUUCAACAUAUAUUAAAAACAAAUACAAAUUUCCCAAAGUAAUAGUAGCAAUAGAUGGUACCCAUGUCAAAAUCGCAGCACCAAAAUUACAUGCUGAUGCCUACAUAAAUAGAAAAGGUUAUCACUCUAUACAAGUACAGGACAAGCAGGCUCAGUACAUGAUAUGA